AUGCCGUAUGUCUCGAAUUCUCCGGAAUGGUGGCCUGUGAUACAGCAGACUAUUGUGAUCAGCUCCGUGGAUAUGGCCUGGUUUGCUGCGGCAAUAUAUGACUACAGAGAAGCUUCUCACCAAAUUGGCGAUAUUAUUAUGCAGGUGGAGCUGAUAUGGACACGCUACGCCGGCAUUGCUUGGUCGCUUCAUGUCCAGUUAUUGACUCAACGGUUCCGGUCGCUGACUCUAACCCCAGUCAUCCUCAUCCUGAGAGCUUCCGCUCUCUAUGCCAACUCCAAGAGGGUCCUCGUGUUCCUUUUGUUCUGGUUCAUUGUCGAGCAAGCGGUCCUGCUUACGACUAUUAUCCUGCAGUUCAACACAUCUAGUCUCUUCGGCGAGCGCUUUGUCCUCUCGGGUAUCAGCGUGUGUCAAUACACAGUUGCAAACAUCAGUUGGGCGACGCCGGCUAACAACAGCGUCAUGCUCGCAUUCGAGUCUCUUCUCGUUGUGUUCGUUGCUUACCAACUUGUUAACCACGUUCGUGAUUCGCACCAGCGGUGGCGUGUUUCGUGGGGCAUCAAGAGCAUAUUCGCUGAAAUUGUGGUGGGGAAUCUCUUUUACUACCUUGUCUUACUACUCGCAUUCACCCUGAAUGCCGCAACGCCUUCUAUCCUUUUGCACGCCCACUUGAGCUCCGUGGCCGGUCAAGCCUACAUCGUGAUUCAUACCAUCAUUUCGAACUAUGUUUACACCAUGGCCGGCCCUCACCUGAUCCUCAGCUUAAGGCGGAGCCAUGCCCGCAGAAUUAACGGGGUUACUUCGGGCAAUGUCGAGAGCGUUUCUGAGGUCCAGUUCGAAGAUACCUCACCCGUAGUCACUAUCUUCUGA